AUGUGGCUUGAAAGUGCCAUAAAAAUUAUUAUUUUGUGUCUCAGUUGUGCUUUCGCUAUGCAGUCAGGGUCGCCUAAAAUUGAAGGUGAAGCAUGUUUGGCAAUGAUGCCGAAUCAUCAUGUGGAUCCUCAAAGUAUUGCAAGUCCCUAUCAAGUCAUAGUGUCGUCAACAAGCGUACAUCAAGGAGAAAUUUUAAAAAUUGUAAUCACAGAUCCAAUAGCUAAAACAGCUUUUAAAGGUUUUGCUAUUCAAGGAAGAGAUGUUAAUAAUUAUAACAAAACAAUUGGAUCAUUUCUCAAAGGUCCCGAAAUAAAAGUCGUUGAGUGUAAAUGGAAAGCAUCUGCAGUAACAAAUUGUAGUGCAAAAUCUAAAACACGUAUGGAAAUUGAAUGGAAAGCUCCACUUGAUUUCAUUGGCGAUAUUCAAUUUUACGCUACUCUUAUUAAAGAUUUUGUGACCAUUUGGAUAGAUGUGAAAUCAGAACUGGUUACAAUAACCGAGUGAAAAAAAGAAAAACAGUUUCAAAUAUGCUAAUGUCGAUAAUGAUCCCCGAGAAUUAUUCUGUCGUGUACGUCAAUUGAAAAGAAAAAAAAACAUUUGUUCAAACAUCUGGAAAAAUCAAAUAAAUACAAAAGCAAGCAAU